CGCCAACGAGCCACUGAUGGGAGCUGCUGUUGACGCAAGCCUGAAGGAGGACCGUGUCUGGCGUGAUGAUGGGCGAAGAAGCAGAGGCAACCUCGUGGAAGGCGUUCAGACGUUCAUUGCCGUCUUGGCGAUGGUGCUGACCGUCGCCGCGCUGGGAUGCACCAUUAUGUGGGAAGCAUACCAGAUAAGCGGUUCAGAGCGUACCGGACGGGUUGCCAUUCUGGACACUUCAUACCGUGCAACCUCAUCCGACUUCGACAUCGUUGUGAACAUGUACCGCGAGAACCCUGACGGCGUCAACAAUACUCUAAACCGCAUUCUACGCACGAUACCGCAUAGAUCGCGGAUCUUCGUAUAUACCAAAGACGAGCAAGCGAACAUUGAAUCGCUGAGGUCGCACUUCCCGACUGCAAUUAUUGCUCAGGGUCCAAAUAUCGGCCGCGAGGGUGAGACAUACCUCCACCAUGUUCUCACCCACUGGGACGACCUUGGCAAACAUACAAUGUUCAUCCAAGCCGAAGUAUGGGAGUUCGAAUCCGUCCUCGACCGUAUCUCACGCUCCUUCUCCGCUCGGACCGGAAUGCAGAUCCUUGGCUCUGUAUCCGAGAUCUGCGACUGCCACCAAUGCGCAGACGCAUAUUGGCAGGAUUCUGCCGGCUUCGUGCCGCACUUCUACGAGCUGGCGAACAACUCUGGCAAUAUUACGGAAACGAAGAGAGGCUGCGGCUGGCUUAUGUUGUCGUACAAAGGCCCAUUCAUCGCGUCAGCAGCGCGUAUUCGGGGCUCUGGCCGUACAGUCUUCGAGUUCCUGAAUGAUAGUAUUGCGGAUCCGGAGAGCUGGGCGCAUCAGCGAACGACGUGGGAAAGCAUGCGUGUUGGGAUAGAUAGUAUGAAUGCUCCGUCGAUCGGAUAUUCGAUAGAGCGGCUAUGGGCUGGCAUCAUGCAGUGCGCAGAUUGGACGUUGCAGCGCGUUGCCCUACGAUGAUGAGUGGGUUCCGACGGAAAGGGGCAGUGUUGAGGGGUGGAGGCGACUGUCAAUGCCUCGAUGACAUUGACCAUGGUGAAAUUGGAUAUAGCCAUAACGGUGCCGGAUAGCUUGUGUACUGUUGAUUGUUACCUGGCC